CUCCAAAAGUGCGAAAGACGCUAAACACGAAUAGAAGAAGGCAGAUUUGGGUAAACGGUAACCAUAAUUCCUUCCCAAAUGUGUGGUAUGCAUUUAAGAAAAACGUAUUAACUUAUCUGGUUCAUUAUUUUAUCAAAUCAUUCUCCGAAAGUAGCGAAGACACCCAGCGCUGCUUAGAGAAAUGGAUGCACCCAAUGUGUUGAAAGAAUAUUUGGAGCUUUUUACUGCUGACUGCAGGCAAUUAAAAUUAUUACUAGCUCCGAAUGCUGUAGUGGACUGGUUUGGACGACAAGUUCGCGGGCCAGCAAAGAUCCAUGAUUAUUUAAGAUUCGAAGUAGGUUUACAAUAUGAUCAUGCGAAUUUCGAUAAAGCCGAAGUAUGUCCUCCAAUUGAACAACGUCCGUCGCAUUGGAAAACAAAAUCGGUGCCAACUGGGGACAUGGAUUUCAUUUUGCCAUUAAACAAGGUUACUAGAUUAACUUCAUUGAAACGUUAUGCAGACAGUGAUCUCGAAGAUGAUGACUUAGAGAUUCAACCCUUGCCUUCGUGCAAUCAGACACCAGAUCAUCAAGGCAACUGCACGUCGCAUUUAAAUGAAUUGACACCCCCAUCCAGUACAAUAAAACUUGAAAAUGUUCACCCAUCAGACUCCGAAAGUGAUUUAGAAGAGGGGGAGGAUGCUACAGCACCCAAGCGCUUAAAGCGUUCGCUACCAACUCCAUUCAGUUAUUUGCGACGUUUGCCCACGUCAAUGAAUAAAAUCACUCAUGUUUCAAAGAGGCAAUCAACAGUGACACAACUCGACGUGCAAAUGCAGAGUAACGAUACGUCCAGCGAUGAGGAGUUGGACGCAGAUAUUCGUAAUAAAUUAGUAAAUGAAUACACGCCAUUAUAUUACAUAGAAGCGACUGGUAUGCUGCGUGCUAAACAACAAGUACUUAAUUACACGGAUGAGCCACCAACACCUCAUCGCAUCAAUGACUGGGAUAGGCCAGUACGUCUACGUAUAUCAUAUCGUCGGUGUUUGUCCGAUCAACAGAUACAAAUUGCUCUGGUUAUAUAUGAGCAUAUAAAUAGUAGUAACACAGAUGUUAGCCAAAGUGAGCCGGUAGCGACCACAGCUGUGGGUAUGCGUCGACGAAAUCUAAUGGCACAAUUUAAUGAAGCGGCGCUAAAUGAACAGUCGCCUGCGACGCUUGAAGUUGCUGAUGAUAGUGAAGGAGUUGGGUCCACUGAAAUUGCAUUACGAUCGAACGAUGAUGAAGAGGCUAGCGCCAUAAGUGCGGUGCAAUUCCAUACUCCGACCAAAAGUGCACAUACGCCACCAGCUACACCUAAACGGAGGCCACGGGUGCCAUACGCGAUGUCGGGCAUGAGGAGUAUCAAUUCAACUCCAUCGACGUCAACAACAAAGCGUGGUGCAGUACGUACGCUUAGACUCUGAUGGAAUAAGACACGGCAUUGUGUUUGAUACCACAUAAUAACGAAUGUAGAUAAAAAUUAGCCCAAUUUUUUUUUUAUAAAUACCUUCGUUUGCUGAAACAUCUAUUUUGGAACUUCAAGGAAAUGAAAACUCGUAUUUUUACUAAAACCAAGUAGCUUGCAAUAUAUAUUACCUUUUAAGGGAAACAACCUUUCACCAGGCUCAUCUCAUUCAUUUAAAAUAUUACUAAAUUUGAAUCGCUUUUAGCGAAAUGCAGAAUUUCACGAAGGAAAAUGUAAAGGGCAUUUUGAAAUAAACUUCUGAAUAUUAUCGUAGUUUUAUUUUGAAUUGCCCUUGAAUGCAUUGCCUUGUUAAGUUUCAAUUCGUUCCUCUGAUUUAAAGUGAAAUGCACAUUAAUCACUAGAAAUUCAACUAAAAAUGAUUACAAACACAAAUAUAUAUUUUUCUUUUUAGAGUGAAAUGUGUGUCAAAGCUUUUUGAAUUGAAUGUAGAAAAGAAAAAUAACAACUCAAACCACAAACAUUAAUUAUGUGCACUGAAUAGAUCUUUUUAAGGGGGGGAUGUAGGGUUAAUUCCACUAAAAAUAUGCACUUAUUUAAGAAUUUUUUUUGGAAAGAUGAUUCAUGUAAAUUUAUUUAUCCAAUUAGUAUACUGUAGACUCAUAUUUCAGAAAUAUUUUCAAAAAGUUUCACAAGAAAAUAUACAAAAUUGCGCCGUUGACAGCAGAUCUACGCAGACGUCUCGAAAAAAAGGCAAUCUGCCGUGGACAGUUUUUCUCAGCAUUGGAUCAUCUGAAAUCAAAAAAUCAAAGAGUUUUCAUUAGGUAAUUAAUUGUCCGAGGUAACCCUGUCGAGUUUUUAUUAAAAAAAAUUUUUUUUUCAAUUUUUUUUAACAUUUGAAGUAGAAGUUCGAUUUUUAGACGAUAAAUCGCAUAAUAUUGUUUAUUGUAAAAUAAAUAAAAAUUGAAAAAACAAAAAAACCUCCCAGGGUUACCUCGGUAAUUAUGUAGAGAAAGUGUGUACAAAAUUUCAGGUAGAUCGGCCGAGUAGAGUCAGAGAAAAAGUGUCCACCGACUUGAAAAACGUCGUUUUCCAGAAAAUCGAUUUAAAGUUCGACCAUACCAGGUAGCCGAGUCGGAGCGGCCAACGGUUAUAAUGCUCUAACUUUGUGAGUUUUGCACCGAUUGACUUAAAAUUUGGACACAACAUUCUUGAGAUUAUGUACAUUCAUUUUCUCAAAUAAACCAAAAUCGAAUUUUUUUACCCUAAAAACCCUACCCCCCCUUAAACUAGUUACUACAUUUAUUGUUCGAAUUAGUUAAUGUUUUUGAUUUUAGUCAAAAGCAAGCAAAUUGUUUAGCACUUUCUACAUUCUUGCAAGGGUGUGCAUUAAGAGAUUGAAGAGAUUAAUGUUUUCAACCUGCAACUGGCUUUUGAUAUUUUCCCACUCUAAAAAGAACUAUGUAUAUAUUUUCAAGAACUCAUUUCCUAUACGAAAUUUACAUCAGAGAUGCUCGAUAUUGUGCCCCUGUGGUAAUUUUAUACACACAUAUAUAUUAUAUGCAUGUAUGGGUACUUUACAUUCAUUUGUAUAUUUUCUUGGCCAUUUGCAACUUACUUAGUUUUCUCAUUUAUUUGCUAUUAAUAAUUUAACACCAACACUUCUUUUACGACAAAUUCAACAUACUUUCCAGUAUAUGAAAUAUUUCAAUAACACACUAUUUGAAUUAUAUUCAGAUUUAAUGCUAAUUACAUUAAAAUAAUGUAUUUCUUAUGGGCAUAUUUUAAUUGUAUACUUAAAAAUGAAUAAUAAAUGUAAUGCGAAAAAGUA